AUCCGUCAACAGCAAAAGCAAAGGCAAUCUAUUCAAAGUAAAAACUUCUUUAACGCUCGACUCCACUCAUCGACUUUAACCAAACCAAACCGUUGGUAGCGUAAUUCAGUCUGCCAAUGGCUUCUCAACAAGUCAAAGAAAGUCUGGGCACUCUGAACAAGGACUCCUUCGUUGCCCUCCUCACCAAUCUCAUUGGAGAGUCCAAGUUUGUCCAAAACAACCCUCCAGAGUUGAUCCCUCAAGAGGACAGAGUGGUCAAACAUGUGCUCGAUGUUCUUCUUCCUUAUAGCACGGUCAAUGGAGGACCCUUGCUUGUUAACCACGUCACAUAUUCUCCCGGUAGAGGAAAUCUUAUUGUUGAGUAUCCUGGAACUGAGCUCGGGAAGAUCUUGUCUUUUGUUGGCAUGCACAUGGAUGUUGUCACUGCUAAUCCUAAUGACUGGGAAUUUGAUCCUUUUACAUUGAGCAUUGAUGGGGAAAAGCUUCGCGGCCGUGGUACUACUGAUUGUUUGGGACAUGUUGCCCUUGUGACUGAGCUCAUGAAGAUGCUGGGGGAGACUAAGCCGAAAUUGAAGUCAACUGUGGUGGCAGUUUUUAUAGCUAAUGAGGAGAACUCUGCCAUAACAGGGGUUGGUGUCGAUGCACUUGUGAAAGAUCGGCUUCUUCAUAAGUUGAAGGGAGGUCCUCUUUACUGGAUUGACACAGCAGAUAAACAGCCUUGCAUUGGUACUGGAGGUAUGAUACCCUGGAAACUUCAUGUGACUGGGAAGCUUUUUCACAGUGGUCUACCUCAUAAGGCUAUAAAUCCCUUGGAGCUAGCCGUGGAGGCUCUAAAAGAAAUCCAAACACGAUUUUACAGAGAUUUUCCACCUCACCCAAAGGAGCAGGACUAUGGGUUUGCAACACCUUCAACCAUGAAACCAACGCAAUGGCAUUAUCCAGGAGGUGGUAUCAAUCAAAUUCCUUUUGAGUGUACAGUAUCAGGAGAUGUCAGGUUAACUCCCUUCUACAGUGUAAAAGAUGUGAUGGAGAAACUACAAGAAUUUGUGGAUGACAUAAAUGAGAAUAUAGAGAAGUUGGACACAAGGGGUCCAGUUUCAAAAUAUGUUCUCCAUGAUGAAAAUUUGAGAGGAAGCCUUACGUUAACUUUUAAUGAGGCGAAUUCUGGAGUUGCUUGUAAUCUUGAUUCUCGGGGGUUUCAUGUGCUCUGCAAGGCAACUGAAGAGGCAGUUGGGCAUGUGAAACCUUAUUCAAUCACUGGGAGUUUACCACUCAUUCGAGAACUGCAAGAUGAAGGCUUUGAUGUUCAAACUGCAGGCUAUGGCUUAAUGGCGACGUACCAUGCCAAGAACGAGUACUGUCUUCUAUCGGAUAUGUGUCAAGGAUUCCAGGUUUUUGUCAGCAUUAUCUCCCAAUUAGAAGAUUGACACAAUAUAAUGAAUGGACGGUAAUGGUCAUGUUUUCUGCAACAUAAAGAUCAGAUUGUGAGCUAAGUUUCCGGGUUAACAAAUUCAGUCAUAACCGAUCCGGAUUUGUUAAUGUAGUUUUAUUGUAAUCCUCAGCAACUUAUUGAAACAAUCUAUAAAUAAUACAUAUGCACAUAUGAUGAAAAUAUAAGUUGUCAUACAAAUGGUGUAGUUAAAAUGUUAGCAACAGUGUAGUGUAUGGAAUCUUUUUUCUUCUGUUAUGAGUGAGCUAAACUUAACCGA